GCAAUCUAAACACAUGGACGUUAACUGAUGCUAGCACAUGGCGCCAGCUAGUGGCGCAAGGAUUCGUCAAGACAAGCUGACAGCUGUUCGCGACGUUCGUUCGGCUAGUUGUUCGCGCGUGAUCGUGCCGAGUGUCUCGUUGUGAGUGAUUUGUUUCUCUUACUUGCCAGUUUCAAGCCGCUGUAUUUAAAAAUAUAUUCGGCAAUUCGGCGACAUGACCACUCGCAGAAUGGAGAAUGUUUCCGUGUCCAAGGGAAUAUUUGCUCACAAAGGGAAUUACAAAAUCGGUAAAAAGAGGAAGAGUACUCAAAAUUUGGAAUAUUGUAACGAACCCUGGUACGUCGCGUAUAGUGAAACGUGGAGACGUAUUGAACAGGCCGCAGAGAACGUGAGAUCAGAAAUGUUUCAACAAGUUAUGUCGAAUUUGAAAUCCUUCGUGCUAACAAUAAAAGCCAAUCCGUUAACUACGUCUCAUGAAAUAGCUACGGCUAUCUUAUUGACAGGAGUCAACGUUCCCGAUCACACGACGCUUUUCGAUACGACGGUGUCGAAGCUCAGCAAGGUAACGUCGCAUAUAGCAGUUCUGUGGAGUAGAAAUUGCAACAAGAUAAAGAACAUUAUCGAGGACACUGUGUAUCAACUUAUCCAGAAAUCGGAAUCGAAUGAUGACGAUGCGUCCGAAGUGCGUAAGAGUCAGUGCACUAUGCGUGUCUUAAAAGACUGGUUCGCGAAACAUCAUGACCCGGAGGAUCCUUUAGUCAUAAUUUUGCCGGACUUUGAGAGCUUCUCCACCGAUGUACUGCAUGAUUUCAUCUUGGUGUUGAGCUCGUACAGGAGUACGUUAAAGUUCGUACUUAUAUUCGGUGUCGCUACCACGUUGCAUGUUGUGCAUAGAUCAUUGACGUACGACGUCACGUCGAAGUUAAUAGUGCAGGUAUUUCACACGCAAACGCAAGUCAAAACACUGUCGGACGUACUGGAUGCCACUGUUUUCUCGUCAAAUAUUCCGUUUAGAUUAAUUGGCCGCGUGUUUCAAUUGCUGACCGAUAUUUUUCUGUUUUAUGAUUUUUCAGUGGACAAUUUUUUACAGAAUUAUAAGAUAUGUAUGAUACAACAUUUUUACGACAACAAUAUAACUUUUCUUUGUUGUCAACCGAAAGAUAUUAAAAAGAGAAUAUCUAGGCUGAACGAUGAAAAUAUCGAGGAAAUUAAAAAUUUACCGUCUAUCGUUAAAUACUUGAAAACAUCUAGCGAAGUAACAAAUAGAAACGAUAACCUCAGCAAUGAAAAAUUUAAGGAAAUGCUAGAACCGUUGUUAAAGAACUUUCACAAAUAUAUGGAUGUAUUUUUAAUUGUUUUAAGAUGUUUACACUGUCUAGUUGCAUCAUUACCAGGCUCGCCAAUAGGUAAACAGUUACGGGAACUAUAUACCAAAAUUUAUACGAGUAAUCUCCUUGCGUCCUUGGAGUACAAGGAAUGUUUAAAAUUGUUGGGAUUUUUGUCGAAAGAGGAGCUCCUCACGAAACUCGAAUCUAUCAUGAAAAUCCUCGAUACUUCCGAGGAUCCGAUCGUCAAGGAAAUAAAAAGCACUCUCGAUUCUCAUAUCAAUACGAUCCGAGAGGCUAGUUUAGAUGUCACUGGAGCGUCUUCUGAAGUUAUUAGCAUGGAUGAGAAACUCAGUCGAAUACAAUUGAAAGAGAAACUGCUCCGUAUGAGUCAGAAACAAUCGCGAUCCGCUUACAAGGAGGCACAGCUCGACUUAAUCAAUUACUUGGACCGGAAAGUAUUCUCCGUUCAUCUGAUCAGGCCGAAUCAUGUGACAGGGUACGAGAUAUUCUGCUACAGAGAUGAGAAUCAGGCGAAGCACCACAUCCGCGGCUCUUUGAGGGCCGCCAUACACACAGGAUUGAGCGAUCCGCGGAUGUACCUGGACUGCGACUGCUGCAGAUUGGCGAACGACAGCGACAUUCCGCGCACGCUCCCCGACCUGAGUAUAAUUUAUAAGCUACACUUGGAGUCCAGGAAGCUGAUCAAUAUGUACGACUGGUUGCAGGCGUUCCUGACGAUCGUAAACCCGCAGAUUCAAUUCACAGAGGAGCGCGAAGUGAAUGCAGGACUACAAGCUCGGUUUACUCAAGCGGUCGCCGCCUUGCAGUUUCUCGGCUUCAUCGAGACUUCACGAAGGAAAACGGAUCACGUGAGGCGUCUUACAUAACAACAAUAUCGUGUGUUGAGUGUGAUUGCCUUGUUUGUUCAUUAUGUGAGUCGUUGUAUCAUCCAUGAACUUAUUUUUCUACUGUAUAUUCCAUCAUUUUUACGAAUAAACGAAACACUGUUACAAUGAGCAUUAUCGAAAUGCCAAGAAUCAAGAAAUCUCGGCAUUUACAUUAUACAUAUAAUUUAAAUAUUUAUUGUCUGUUGUUAUAUCUCGACGGACGAUGUAACAUUUAUAACGAUUUACAAACCUGAGAAUAAAAAUAUUGGCAAAAAA